AUGGGGGCCCUGGAAGAAGGCCCCCCGCCCCCGCCGCCUCCCCGCCCCCCGGGCGGCGCGCUGGCCUCCGCGCUCUCGCCCUCUCCGGGCCGGGGAGGAGCCGCCCCGCCGCCUGGGCCGCCGCCGCCUCCCCAGCGCGGCCAGCCCGGCCGGCCCAGCCCCCGCCCCGGGCGGACCAUAGGGCGCUGGGGGGCGGGGAGCAGGGCGGGGGCCGGCGGGCGGGGGCGCGGCUUUGUGGCGGCCGCGGACCGCGGAGGCCCGGUGCAGCCCCGUCGGCUCCGCGCUCUGCGGAAAAGGAUCCUCCGCGCCCCCUGCCCAUCACUUGGAUCUUGUCCGGGGAGGGGCGGGUUUUUCUGGAAGUGUCCCCCGCCCCGCCACGGCGAGGGUUACGGGGCUGGGCUCGGAUCGCGGCGGAGGCUGCGGGGCCGCGGGGCGCACCCCGCCCCGCGCACGCCUGCCCGGAGCCCUGGAGGCGCAGCCCGGGGGGCUCCCCGCACCCCGGAGGAGGCGGCGGCGGUGCUGGGGCUCCUGAAGACCACACAAGUGUCUCAGAGCAUACAGCCGGUGUCCCUGAAGCUCAUGACUGGGGAGGAGGCUGGGUGCCCAGCAGACGAUCCUCAGGUCUCCCUUCUGAGCAGGUUCAAGACCCAGCUGGAGGUCAGGGGUCACGGUUUCCUGGACUGUCAAACGAGAGGGUUUAAGAGUUCUUCCAGAUUUCUCGUUGCUAAGCUAUAAAGUUCCAGGCUUCGAAGUGUGGCUGCUGAUUGGCAGACAGUUCCUGGGCAGCUCCAAUCAGAACCAGGCUGCAGGAAGGAGUGUCCACACCGCCACUUACCCGGGGGUUUCAGAAUUUUCUGACUGAUGUCAUGAACCACAAAAGUCUUUGUCUAACUCUGCAGAACCUGUUUUCUUGAGUGAGCUGAUGAGAGAUGCCACAGGUCCUGAAAUUCCCCAGGGAAGGUGGAGUCUCCAGGUCUUGACAGGGACCAUCAGGACCUGUUUGUAGCUGACUGUUGAUGACAGUGUGAACUCCCACCUGGGCUGGAGGGAUGCCUCAAUCUCCUCAGAACUGACCUCUCCUGUCCACUUCCCAAGCACCUGUCUAAGGAGAAAGAAAACUGCAUGCCACUGAACUUGGGAUUGUUAUGGUGAGGGCCACAUUUAUAAAGGACCCUGGAGCUCCUGGGCUCAUGCCAUUGUCCUCCCAAGAAGGGACUGUAGGCAUGCACCACUGUACCUGGCUCUAAAGGACUUUAAAAUGUGGAUGGAGGACAACUCAGGUGUUUCACCUCAGAAUUUCAAUAAAAAAACACCACCAUAAACUGAAUUCCUACUGUGUACCAGUAGGAAUAGUCACAGGCUUCCCAUCCUGAAACCCCCAUGGGACAGAUGGGGACCACGCUGCAUAGCUGCUUCCAUCUUUCAGGAAGAAGGAAGUCAUAUGAACCAGACCUGGUCACAGUGAUUGGUUCUUGAAUGAGCACGUGACCCAGCUGGGCCAAUCAGAAUUUUCCUUGAGACUUUUCUGCCAAAACUAUAGAAAAAGAUCCCAGAGGGUUGUAUGUACUAAGCUGUUGGCCACUGGGAACAUGGAGAAGGUGCUUCAGAAGACAUGAAGGAUGUGAAGCCCUCAAAGACAUGGAGUGGCUGGGUGAUGCUUGAGCCCCUACUACAGCUGAAGGGGAAGCCAGAUAUACUCCCUGGAUUGUACGUGAUGGAAACAGUAAAUUCUU